AUGUCAACAGAAAGGCACACAGAGGCAGCUCUUGCAAAGUGGUUUCAGUCCAUAGUUGUCCAAGAUUAUGAGUAUAUUCUUGCCAAUCUUCGUAUGGCCAAAUCGUGCAAUAGCGAAGGUCAUACCGCGCUUCACCUUGCCGUUCGCGCAAAUGAUUUGCAAAUGGUACAUAUAUUAACCCCACACGAAGCUGGAUGCUUGAACAAUGAGGGCAGCACGGCCCUAUUGAUAGCUGCUUCCUUGAACUAUUCAGGCAUAUGCAAAGCCCUAAUUCCUUAUGAGAAAGCCAUAUGCACGCCUGAUGGUAGAAAUGCCCUCAUGGUUGCCGCAGAGUGUGGUUCUGUUGACGCAUUAAGGGCAUUACUUAGUGCAUACCAAAUCGCCAGGGACCCCUCUGGUACGUCUGAGCUAGAUUAUGCGGUCCUGUCCGGUAGUGUUGAUUGUGUUGGUUUACUUUUGCAAAGCUAUGGAUACUCUCCGGAUGAUCUCAAGAUUGCACUCCACCUCGCGCGAAAGCGACAGUCCCGGGAAAUAAUAAGUGUGUUGGAGCAUGCUUGUGUCAACCGUAUGGCAUGCUCUACUAAGACUUCCAGCCACAUGCACGCCGCCCCUGCCCUUUCAAAGCGCCCGUCUAGCGCAAAGCUCAUCAACACAGCCACCGCAGCAGCUGUUGCCACUGUUGCCACCUCAACUGCAAGUCGGAAUCUCAUUUCUUUUGCGUCUGAAAUCAAUAAAAUAGCAACGUCACCCAAGCCAUCUCUAUCGAGAGUGCCAAGUGCACGACUGAGGCGCAGCUCUGAAGUUUUCAAUCUCCAUGAGUACGACAAUAACAUAAACGAUAACAUUACACAAUUGAGACAAGACGUACUCACUGCAACUGUCAGAACAAAUGAAAUACUUGAACUAGCAGAUUGUGCACUCGAUAAACCGUGUGUGGAUAUUCAUUACAACGAGAAAGACACUAAACCGCUUGAGCAACAACAGUCUACACGUAAAUCCCACUCUGGAGGCUAUCUUCUGAGCCAGUCUUCUUCCCAGACCCUUGCUAGAAUUCUUAAUUUAGAAAGAAAGGGGCUAGCGUCAUCAUAUUUGCAAUCACAGGAUUCAAGGCAGUCACUAAAUGUGUCGCAAGAGGAGGCAAUCAAACAGGAGCUAGAUAGAUUAACUGCGCGGCGGACACGGCUUACACGAUCCUUGAAGGAGACGUGCGAGUAUAAUAAGUAUUUUGCAGGCUCGACUAGUACCUUAGAACAAAAGUCUGAUCAGACAAUAAGGUCUUUAGAACAUGAGCUCUUUGUUAUUGAUGAACGAAUCAAAGAAUUAGUGCGAGAUUUGGAUAGGAUAAGCAUACAAACAGUAGAAGGCGCUAUUUCACCCAUUCCACAACAUACUGAUAAACCUGCAUGUUUACCCUUACCACAGGCAGACUCUCCAUUUGGUUCCGCUGCACAUCAAGAACAGAGGAAUGAACAGGAUCUAUUGAAAGAGAGUUUAACCAUUGAUGAUAUUAGGACAACAGGGAGACCAAAGAGUGCACGACUACAAAAGAACUUGAAAGAGCUUCGUGAUAGCUGUGCUUCAGUGAAGGGAACAAUACAGGCGAGUGAGAUUCUUAGUACCAUUGAGCGCGUCGCCAGUAAGAUCUAUGGUAUAGAAACUAAUAGCAGCGUAGGCGUACACCUACAGGCAUCCAUCUCUCGCUCACAAGCAGCCUUAGCCCAAACUGCCGGGAUAAGUGAGCAAAUCCAGUGCUUGAAGCGUAAGGCAGAGGUUGAGGCAUCUAUGAAGAACUUGGAGACUAAUUAUGCAGGUAUCCUCCAACAGUCACGCUACACACAAGAUGCAGAAGGGGCUGGGCGACUAUUAAGCUCACAGUACACCAAACUAUCAGCUGAAAAAGCAGAGCUGAUAAGAAACACUCAUACAGAUGAUCGACCUGUCAGUAAGAUUUUCAAGGAAAAGGUUAUUUCCCCUGAGAGGCGCCAUGAGCUCCUUCAUAGGACGCUUAGCGAGAGACGAGAUCAAUGUCUUCUUUCAGAUCCUAGUAAGACGCCGCUGAUGCAGUCUGUGCUUAGAAAGAGUAUCACAGACUGCAAGAGUAACCUGCAAGAUGCAGGAAAAGCCGACGGGGAUCGUUGCACUGCGUUGAUGUUGGCUGCCACAAAUGGCUUCUCUGCUGCAGUCCAACUUUUAGUACCCUUUGAGCAGCGCAUGCAAGAUAAGUAUGGCCAAACGGCUCUUAUGAAGGCUGCAAUUGCAAACAGUCCAGAGGUCGCCCUUAUCUUAAGGGAGCACGAGGCAGGAAUAAAAGAUCAUGAGGGUCAUACAGCAUUGUACUAUGCUCUUCUAAGUCGUAAUAUGGUUGUCGCAGAAAUUUUAAAGGAGUAUGAAGGAACAUACUCUGCAUUUGGAUCUCAGACCACUGCUAACAAAACAGAGCUAAUGACUGCCGCGGAAAAGAACGAUCUCGUGCGUGUUUAUUCGUUGCUACCAGCUCAAGGAAGAAUGCAGGACUCCAAUGGGAAGACGGCUCUUAUGUAUGCCGUUGAAGCAAAUGCACUGCCAUGCAUUCGUCUGCUAGCAGCUAAAGAGUCUGGACUAAGAACAACCGCUUCUCACCCGGAAGGCCCAGAUUUUACGGCCCUGAUGUUGGCAGUUAAAUCCGGAAAUAUUGAAGCAGCAGAGAUCCUCUUUCCACACGAGAAGCAGAUUCGCAGAGCACAUGGUCCGAGCAUAGAAGCUUAUGCACAAACAGAUGCGAUGAAAGAUCUUGUUGCACGCUAUCAGAAUGAGCCUUAA